UCAAUUGAGACAAUUAAUGUAUGUAGGUGAGAAAAUGAUGAACAGAAAAAAAUACUAAUUUUCCGUUUGUUUCAGAAUUGUGAAAAUUUCAAUUCUGUAUAAUAUAAUUUGAUAAAAUGUAAAUUAUUUUAUUGUAUUAAUUGCUCCAAAAAUACAAAAAGCUUCCAACAAAAUCCUGUAAAAACUGUGUAUCUGUAUGGUAUGGUAAAGCUUUUCACACUUUGUUUUGAUUUGUGAAAUAUCAGCAGUGUAGUAGUCAUGCGGACUUAUUCACGCAAGAAAGUUGAGUAUCAAGUGAUAGAAGGAGUGAAGGAGUUGUGCCGUCUUUGCUUAGCAAAAUGCGAUGAUUUUAUACCAAUUUUCACUGAGGAAUCUGACGUGUGCGCUGCUCUGCCUAUGAGGAUCAUGAUAUGUGUGGGACUUGAGAUGGUGCGGGAAGACAGUCUUCCAAACAUAAUUUGCCAAAAUUGUUAUAGAGCAUUGGAAAAGUACUAUACAUUCCGAAAGAAAUGUGAAGUGACAUACCAAAAGCUCAAAGCCCACAUGCUGGCCGUAAAGGAGCAGGAGUCGAAUAAACAAAAAACUGAAUCCAAACAGAACAUGAAGAAUCCAACUAUAGAGCAGAAUGUGGAGCUUAGAAUACCAAACGGAGAUGUUGAAGGACAACUCGUGUUAGCAUUAAACGACAACGAACAAUUGGAGUUGGUAAAUGUUGUGGGUUUAAACGGAGUUAUACAAGUGCAUCAGAAACAAGAUGAUCAAUCUAGCGGUGAUUUGUUACAGCAAAGUUUAGAAAAUGAAAUGCAGGAUCAAGUCACAUUGAGUAGAAAUCAAGACCUACAACAGAGUAUAGAAAAUCAAAUUCAGAAUCAAGUCAGUCUAUCUAGUAAUCAAAUGUUGCAGCAGCAUAUGGAUAAUGAAAUUCAGAUGCAAGACAUAUCAACGACAAGUCAAACCCAACACAACCAUAUCCCAGAUUCAAUAGACAUGUCUCAGCUGCUGCCCAGCAUCCUCAUCAGACUGGGCAUCGUGAGCGAGGACCGGGGGGUGUUCCAGCUGAUGGACCGGGACUUCCGGGAGGUGGAGCUGGAGGGCGGCCGGGGGGAGACGGUCGUGCUGGAGCUGUUCGAGGAAGAUGAGGAAGGUGUUGAAGAUACAUCAGAAAUGAGUAUACAGCCGACGAUUGCAGAAGCCACGUCGCCAGAGACGGAGGAAGGGUCAGGCCUGGUGGUGGAACCACUAGCAAUUAACGAGGUGCGGCCACCACUCACGAUUCCACCCAAGGGCAGAAAACCUAGGAAAAAAUCUGCCAAGGGCGAUCAAGUCGUGAUAAAUGCCGUGAGUGCGAGCGCACGCGCGCGCUGCAGCGUGUGCGACAAGACGCUGUCGUCGCGCUCGGCGCUGGCGCGUCACGCGCGCGCGCACGCGAGCCCGCGCGCGCGCGCGCACGCGUGCCGCACGUGCGGACGCGCCUUCGCGCAGCGCGCCGUGCUCCUCAGGCACGAGCUCGUGCACCAGGAGAAUCGUCCGUUCAAAUGUCCGCAAUGCCCAAAGAGUUUCACGCAACGCUCAGCGCUGGAGUCGCACACGCGCUCGCACGCGCCUCCGCACGCGCGCCCGCUGUCGCUACAUCUCUGCGGCAGCUGUCCCAAGGUGUUCCUCUAUCCGUCGGGUCUAAGCCGCCACAUGUCUGUGCACGAGGGCCGCGUGUACACGUGCGACGACUGCGGCCGACACUUCCGCGACAAGAGCGCGCUGCAGCGGCAUCUCCGCUCCGCCACACACCGCCGCGCGCAGGCGCAGGGGGCAGAGGCGGCGGCAGCGGGGGCUGGGGGCGACGGCUCCUAGCCUAGUCUUCUACAUUGUAAAGAUUCCACAGGUAAACUUUUAAGUGAAGCUGAAAUUGGAUUCCUUCGAAAGGCAAAAGGACCACGGAAACGUUGGAUGACAAACUGUUUAAGUUCAACAUAGGAUCGUGCGAUAUAGCACUGGACUGAGUGUCGUGGAAGUAUGAGAGGCCUUAGCCCAUUACUGGGACAUAAAUUGAUAUAUAUGCUAUAGCUGUAAAAAUACUUGAUUUUUAAGUGCGUCGUACAUUUGCGAAUAGAAAGACGUAUGCUAUUCCCAUAUCUGUGAUUAAAUCGUAUGCUCCUUUUCAUGCUUAUGCCUUAGUAUCCAACAAACUAUAUUUGCCAAGCUAUAUAUGCCAAGCAAUACAUUUUGUUAAGCCGUGUUCGGAUUUGAGGCUUCGAGACUUAAACCACGAAUACACUAGGGAAAAUUUGACGCGCAACAACUCUUUCUCCACUCAUUACCAUUCACUCGAGUGAAACAAAACAUCGUCGACAUAUUGCGUGUCAACUGUUUCCUAGAGUAUUGCGAUACGUUAGUGUGUACGAACACGCCCCACCUGUACACGGCUUUGUGUGUUGAUCGAUCUUUUGUAAAUAAUUACAGUCUAUCAAGAAAGUGAUGAAAAUGUGUGAGGAAGCUGUGUUCUCUUGGCUGGCAAUACUGAGUGUUCAUCAGUCGAUCUUGAUCUUUCUAUUUGGUAUUGCAAUGACAAAAAAUGUAGUCCGAUUUUUUUUUACAGAUUGUGAUACUGUAUUUUAUAGCAAUUUAGAAAUGUGUUCAGAAAAAUAUUUUAUUAGUCUGGGUAGACUCGUUUAAUGUGGCACUUAAAAAUAUAUAUAUAUUGCAAUGAAGUGCCUUUUUGUGCAAAUUAAAUUAUGAUCUUUUUGUAUCUGAAGAAUUAUUUAUAAAUAAAUUGAUUAAUGUGAUGUAAUUGA